AUGGCAUCCACUGCCCCGCAGGAAUUCAUGUUCGUGGACUUCCACCGCGACAACGCCUCCACCAGAAAGGCGAGACAGAUAUUCGCGCAGAACACGUACCAGCGCAAGAAGAGACUCGCAGCCGUCGAGCGGCUGAAGACGUCGACGACACAGCGACUACGGCAGCGGUUGCCGUUCCGCUACGCCGCCGCGAGAGACGAAGACCGCCGGCCGUCAGAGGGUCCAGCAACGAAUCCGCGCCAUCCUCACCCGCAAGAGAACAACCUGCAGAUCGCCAGAUCCAGAUCCAGAGCAUCCUGGGCCGAGUUCGUAUCGCCAAAGACUUUGCUAGGCCAGGGCUUCGUGGACCCAUUUUCCACAUCCGCCGUCCCAAUGAGCGACAUCAUGAACUCCUACUUCCACCACCUCCGCACCUUCACAAUCCAACAAUCCUACCCUCUCGACGCGCCCCGGAUGAAAAUCUGGUGGUGGCAGAAGGCGCUCUCCGAGCCCGCGAUCCAGCAAGCCCUCCUCGUCUCCGCGGCAAGCCAUCAAACAGCGCUGAAUACCCUGGCCGGCGUGUCGCCGCAGUACAUGAGGAGCUCGGUGAGGGAGUUCCUGCGCCUGCGGGGCGACACGAUCAAGACGUUGAAUGGGAAACUGAGGGAUCCGGGGGCCGUUGCGGAGUCGACGAUUCUGAUUGUGGCGAGUUUGAGGGCUAUUGAGGCCAUCAGUGCAAGCGUCGAAGGCGUCACAGCACAUACAACGGGGCUCGAGGUCCUGAUCAACCUGCACGGAGGCCUAGACGCGCUCGAGCACCUCACCGUGUCGAAAAUCUACCACGGCGACAUCAUCCGCGCAGCCCUAACAGACACGCCCCCGCUCCCAUUAAGCCCCAAGUGGCGCGCCGAGAUCCUGCAGGGACUCAAGCUCUUCAGCACCUCGACCGGAUUCCUAUCUUCAUUAGCGGACCUGGAUCCAACCCUCCACAAUCAGCUCUCCCACCUCGGCACAUCCUUCCUCAACGCCCCCUGGCUCACCACCCUCCCCCCAACCCUGCAGACAACCCUCGUCAUCUCCCAGCGCCUGGUAGCCUACUACGAAGCGGCGCAGGUGGAUCCUUCUCUUAUAAAGCCAACGGAUAAUGACCUCUUCGUCGUGCUCAUGCACCGUCUUGUUGCGGAUACAUAUAAAGAUACCGUUCACGAGCCGCUCCGUCUCUGUCUCCUGGUGUACCUCAACAUGCGCGUCUGGCAUCUGCAGUCGUUUCCGAUUAUGGCGUGUCUUGUUGGGAUGUUGAGGGGGAGUUUACUUUCGCCCUCGGCCUCUGCCUCUGUCUCUGCCGUUGAUGUUGCCGUUGACGUUGACGGCGGGUGCAGUGUCCUCUCCCACCUCCAAAGCGUCGCACCAGAUCUCCUCUUCUGGAUCCUCUUCAUCGGCGGCAUGGCGUCGCACGGGCAUAGCGGGCACAGUUGGUUUCUGGGGCGGCUGGCUGAGUGCGCGUCUCGUCUUGGCUUUGGGCUGGAGGGGGAUGCGGGGUGGGCGGAUGUCCGGGGGUUGCUGGGGGGGUUCUUUUAUACGGAUCAGAAGGGGGAGGUGCUUGGGGAGGAGGUGUGGGGGGACGUUCUUGGGUUGAUUCAGGCUACAGCUACGGCUGCAAGUGUGAAGAGUGAGGGUGUUUCUGGAGGUGGUGGUGCUUGUGUUUGA